UGAUUUCUUUGUUGGUAUUUCUGAAUUAUGAGUUUUAGUUGAACGCAGCAACACCAUGCAAUACCCCAAAGAAAAUGCCCAAUGCACACCCCCCCCGCAAAUUUUAAUUCCUGCUCAGAGAGUCGGGAAGGUCUCGUCUACCCUGAGUUGUCAGCAUGGCUGCUCACAUCAUCAACAGAAACUACAUUAACACGUCACUGCUUUACAUGAGUUUAUAGUAUUAUUUACUGGUAGUAUGAACUACAAUAUUAACUGAGAUGCAUUUUAAUACGGCCGUAUUCCCAGUAAAGCUGGUCUCAUUUACACGAAGUCGCUAGAUUUGUCACUAGGUACUUAAGUCACCUAAGGGGUCUGAAAAGUCGAUAAAUCUAGCGACAGAGUAGGCAUAAAUACAUAGUUUCAGCCGACGGUCGGGAAAUAAAGUCUUGUGAACAAUUUCAUUGCAAUAGCAAUUCAUCAGCUGGGCAGCAGAGGGCGCUAAAAACGAGACACUGCUCCUUUAAGUUGCACCAUUUUAUCCCUUACAAAUGUUCAUUACUGAAAUAGUUUUUCAACACUGAAUCGAAGAAAACAUGCAUUUAAACAUUCGGAAUGUCUUAACCCAUCUCAAACAACAAUAUUUCAGUGGAUUUUGUAGGUAUUUGUUAAUGUUAUUAUGCACAUUGAGAAGGAAACCUUACCUGUGCUUAAACUGCCUGUUACCUUUACAUAGAUAUUUGUAAAUGUAAUAUCAAUGGGACACAAACCGCACUGCAGUUGUGGUUCCAACACGAUGCACAUAUAUAAGUAAGUUUUUUUUUAACGCUAAAGUCGUGGAAGAGGUGUUAUUUAUGGAAGAUAUCAUGUUCAUUUGGACCCAUAUGGACUUUGCGGUACAUUGCAGGAUGGCAGGAUCAGGAGUGGCACUGCGACUUCAUGAGUUUAAGGAAAGAAAUGUGAUCGGUCAGCAACAUGGAUCAGUUUUGCGGCCAGGCAGAGACGUGAAGGGACUGUAUCCUGGACAGCUAGCCAGAGCUCACAUCAUUCCCUCACCACCAUGGCAGAGGAUGAACCUGAUGAGCGUAAAGUGUCCACCAGAGGAAGAGCAAACAUACCAGCGGAGCUUCGACCUUAUCACGCUACAGGCCCUGGAGAUGAGAGCAACACACACACCUCAUAAUACACACCUGACAUCUCACACUGUGUACCAGCAGCAGUUCGGACGCCAGGCUCACCUUUACCCUCCUGAUGACACCAAGAUGACCCUGAUUUCCCAUCCUGCUCCUCUGCAACAGAGCUAUCAUUUCACACCUCUCUAACAACUUAAGUAGUAAAAUGUACUCCCUGACCACUUUAUUAAGAACGCCUAGUCAUAAAUGCAAACAACUUGUGGUGAUGUCGGUGACUUCAGAUUGUAGUUUUGAAGACUUUCUGGCCCCAAUAACUGUCCUUUUCACACUGUGUUGAGUCAAUAUAGUAAUCGGUAUCGUCUGAGAAAUUUAGUAUCGGUGCAUCUCUAAUAUUUACUUCAUGCUGCCUCUGUGUUUAAGUCUCCACUCAUUUUUUUCUACAAAAUGUAACACGAACUUGUAUUUCCAUAGAAAACAAACAGCAGUGACGAAGAAAAAAAAAAACCCUGUGUUAUCUCCUGAGCCUAAAAAUAAAGU